AUUUGCUGACAGCCACCGCGACGCACGCGUCUGACUGGGUUUUGUGGUCCGUUUGUUGGUGCUGGAUGGCGCCGGGCGCUCAGUGGCUAUCCUAAGCAACUUCAUGGAAAGACAGGCACACAUGACCAUGGCCCACCUGGGGGUCCAGGAGGAACAUCGCAGAGAGUCAGUGGACCCGAGCGAGGAGCAGUUCCUUAAAAGUCUUUACCUUUUCAUGAAGAAGCGAGAUACUCCCAUAGAGAGGAUCCCUCAUCUGGGUUUCAAACAAAUUGAUCUAUUCGUCAUGUUCAAGACGGUCAGAGGCUUGGGGGGCUACCAGCAGGUGACGGCCCAGCAGCUUUGGAAGCAAGUCUACAACUCUCUGGGGGGGAACCCACGCAGCACGAGUGCAGCCACCUGCACCCGCCGCCACUACGAGAAGCUGCUGCUGCCGUAUGAAUGCCACCUGAAGGGGCAGCUGAUCAGCAUCAUGCCGCCACAUGCCAUCGAGCGCUUCCGCUACCACGGCUACAGCCCCGAGGACAAUGUCGGCGACGGUCCGAGACCCGCCAAACGCAAGCUGAUGUCAAUGCCGCUGCAUCACCAGAACCAUGCCAACCUCCAGCCGGGCCCUGUUCGCAGCCUCUUUGCUCUACCGUACCGAACCCCCCACUACUGCCACCCGAGCCACUCGGUUCUGCCUCCUUACGUCCCCAUGUCCGCCUCCAUUCUGGCAUCACACAGCCAACCGAUAGCCCCUCCACCCAAAUUCCCUUUCCCCCCGUGCGGUCCCAACCCAACAGAGCGGCUGAAGGAGCCGCUGGAGCAUUUGCGCUACCUGGCGGAACAGUACAAGUCUUCAACCGGCCUGGACGAGCCUCUCAACCUGAGCAUCAAGGCGCAGAGCCACAGGACCGACAAGAACCCAAAGUCAUCGUUCUCACUGCCCUCGCUCAGCAAGACCCCAAAGUUUCUGAACACACCCUCCUCACUGUACACGCCGCAAUACCCGCCGGGGUCAAGGAAGGAAGGCGGCAGAAAGCCAGAUGAUGGAAUGGUGCCGUACCUUGCCAAGGCGAGGGACAACUCGGUAGUGGACCUCACCUCGAUGAGCAGCCCAGAGGUUGACGCCAGCUCAACAGACUGCAGAAAUCAGACAGAAGAGCAAGUGGAGAGUCCAGAAGGGAGGAGGUUCCAUCUCAGCCACAUCCUGCACACCCCGCCUUCCCAAAACAACAGCAAGAUGGAGAUCGAGAUCCCUCUGUCCGUGUUCCACAACUGGCUCCAGCUGUACGGCCCGCCGGGUGCGCCAAACGACAUGAAGCAGCUCGCUCGCCCCCAGCAGGUGGAGCAGGGGGGGCGAAGGAGCAAGGACGUGCCAACCAAUCUAUCAUUUCACCUCAACUCCCACCAGCACAGCUCUGCAAUCCAAGAUCUGAGGCUGGUGAACAGAAAAGUACCAAGCCCGAGGUCGAGCGGCCAGGCAGCAGCAAGUCACUACAUCCCAAAGCGCGGUCAUUUCAGCGGCUACUCGCCUUCCAGCCGCCUUUGCAAACCUGCCGCCACUGUGGACGGCUUUCUGGGUUCCCAGCAGGGAGUGUCGGCAUCACACAGCACCAAACCCCCAACCUACUGGGAGGCCCUCGCAAAGGACAGACCCCCGAGUCCCGUUGCAGCUCCGCAAGACCUCACAGUAACGACGAGCUGCCACGGCGAGGCCGAGUCGAUGAGUCCGAAGGCCGAGACGAGCCUCCCGUCGUCCUCUUUGCUGAUGAUGAAUUCUGGCUCCGCCUCCAUGCUGCAGCUCACCAACGAGGAGGUGAUGAAGCUGAAGAAGAUCAUCUCAAACUCCUCAUGAUGUUUCGACCCCGCCUCUUUUCCAUCUGUCCAAUGAUCUUGACUUUGAAAAUGUGCUUCAUUAAAUGCAGUAAAUCAAUGAUUUACACCAAAUGUAAACACUAGCAUCAAUUCUUCUUCUGUUAGUCAGUUGACAGGAAUUUUUAAAGCAACAUGAAGGAAAUGUAUGUUUAUAAUGUAACAUAUGUGUAUAAAUGUCAAAACGUAUGUUUAUGUGACUGUCUGUCUCCAUGGUGACACUUUAUUCCACGUCUUUAUGACAGAUGCUAAACUGGCAGAGCAGCGUUAACAACAAUCAUGAUUGCAACCACAUGUGUUCACGCCCAGAAUUAGUUCAAGCGUAGCUCAUAAAUAUUUAAGAGCCGUUCUUUCAACAUUUCAUUCCAUGGGCUGGAAAGUUCAAGCAUUUUGUCAGUCCAGAGUGAAACCCCCCCCAUCGCCCCAAGUCAUCUUACUGAGGACAAACUACAGAAAGUGGACUUGCUGGAAUUUUCCCAUCCGUCACAUAAGGAAGUACAACAGCCAGCAAGGGUGAUUGAAAUGUUAUCCUAACGUUCCUCUUGCAAAGGCCACACAUUCAUUCUACCCCAACAGGGAUGGCACCAAAACCACAAUGGCAGCCGUGCCCAUGUAAACCAGACCCAAAAGCUAAGUAGAUACUGGUGCCUUAAUCCACAGCGAAACAAAUACCUAUUAAUCGCUCCUGUUAAUGUAGUGGGACCGAAAUGAGGUAUAGUUACCACUGAACUGUCAUCUGUCAUGACGAUGUUACGCUUGACAGCCACCUGCAUCAAGUACUUGAAGGUGUUAUUAUGGGGGUGUCAGUUCAUGAGACCAUACACCCGAUGGGAUUUUAGCAUUAGGUUCAAGAAAAGUACAAUGAAAAAAGACUCAAAUAUAUGACAAUAUAUUGCAAUCUAAUAUUAGAAUUUCUACAA